GCACAUAUUUUCGGUAAAUUAAUUUAUCCUCAGUAAAUGAUCCUCGUAGAUGAUUUAGAAAGUCCUUUCCCAGUUUAGUAUAAACAGGUAGCAUUUCAGAAAGAAACGAAAGGUGAGACGAGGAAGUACAGCUGGCCCAAAUUUACUACCAUACAAUUGCAUUCACAACGUUUCAUAAUUAUUCCAUACGCCCAACAGCGAGUGAGUGCUUUACUGUAAAAUAGGGGUACGAUCAUUUCAGCGCAAAUUCUCCAUCACUCAGAUCAGUUCUGGUUCAGAAUAGGUAUUGAAAAUGCAGUUCUAAAUGAAAACAGUCGCCUGUCAUUCAUUCACUCACUCACUCAGUCUCAUUCGCUUUGCUCCUGUGCAGCUCAGAUCUUGGCGCUCAGCGUCAACAUUUCUCCUCCACAUAAUCUUCGCCUGAUACUAGCGGCUGUUAUUUUCCUCCAGAGAUAUCUAGAAUGGAAAAUUUCUGACUGCAGGGGACCGAAAACAUUUCUUCCUUGGUUUCUUUCACUCGGUUCAGCCGUCUACAAACAUUGCAUGUCAUUGUAUGUAGUAUUCCAAGACACGGGAGCUAUGAAGCUCAUUAAUGUAGCCGGACAAAUUGACGUGUGUAAGGUUAGGUUGAUAUCCAAAUACUGAAUGAAUUAGAGUCCAGGGCCGAAUGUUCAAAAUUGCCUGAAACGGAGAAACGAUUUGGCCAUUUCUGUGCACCAGCGGAAUACACUUAAACAGAAAUAACAAUAUAUUUAGAGAAAGUCACAUCAACCUUAGCUGGUUUUCAUGUAGUUCCUCUAUCCUGGUCGAAUUGGAAUUUGGAGAUGUUGGUUCUUUAGGAAGGAGAAAAGCCGGAGUACCCGGCGAAAAACCCUCGGAGCAAAGCGAGAACCACUGACUACAAACUGACAACGCAUAGAUGACACUGGGCCUAAUGAAACUCGCGCCACUUUGGUGCGAUAAACUACAUCGAUAUUGAAACAAUCCGUAUAGCUCUCCAAUACCUCUACACUAGUGUUAGUGGUGUUAUAAAUGCAACUGGCUGGAAAUUUUCCGUGAGUUACACCUUCUAUGUAUUCAGUGAACGUUGCUUCAAACAAUAGAUACUGGGAUUCAACACUGUUAUGACACAACAGUACUAUGACACAACUCUGCUGGUUUGGUCGGAAUCAAUAUGAAAUAUUUUCCUGAAUCUGAAACUUGUUUGGGAUAAGCAUUAUGCUAACCAUUUUGAAAAAGAUACCCAACAUGAUGACUAAAACUUUAUUUGUAGUAAUGUGAAAUGGGCCAAAACCUGUGCAUGCAAGCACCCCAAACGGGUUUUUCGAGUCUGGCAUGGUUCAUGAAGACCCCUGAUAGUCGAUCUUAUAGUCUGCAGAUGACAUACGGAUUUUUUUUUUGUUAGCUCGAUCAUCGCGACCAGUCAGUCUUGCAACUCCGGAAUCUCCAUGAUCCACAGAAAAAAAUCAGUCGAAUAGCUCCAUAUAUCGAGAGAGUGCGAGAGAAAACUGAUGAAGAAACGGCGUCCAAAACAACUUGCAGCAUCGAUGCUGCAGCUGGACAACUAUAAAACAUCUGUAGGCCCGCUUUUGGAAGUAAGACAGAUUUGUGGCUCCUUCCUGCGGCCUUACGGGUAAUUCGAUGUACGAUUUUGGGUGAACAUAAUGCAAAAUUUAAAUAAAUAUACAAGCAUUGCUGAGUUUAUUCUUAAAAGUUUGUUUGUUAAUUUAGGCGGAUUAAAUUUGAUGAAAUUGUGCUGGAGGUCAAAAUCCAAAGUUGACACUUUUUCAACAAAAGUAGGCUAGUAAGAAGGUCAGGAGAUUUGCAUUUUUGUUUUUUGCUUGCGAAUACAAUGCAUUUUUGGAGGUAUUUAAGUGAAAAUUAACACGAAACGUCGUAAAAAGGAAUGCGCCCUGCUUUGAGCAAUUCUCUUAGCUUCUGCCACUGUUGAAUACCACAUAAACUGAGGUACUCAAAGGCCAGGAGAAAGCGAGUAAAGCCAGUGAUAUUACACCAUAGCAGUUUGGCUUACUUUAGGACAUUCCACAGUGACACAUUCUGCCAGCAAAAGCUUACCCUCUUCAGACAGCAGCACAGUCGGGAUCUCUUACUCAAAUGGCCGGAUUUCCCUGUAGCGGAUUUUUUGCACUCUAUCUAACCGCGAUAACGUUUCUUCAAGGGGCUGCCAUAAGCGUGGACCCUACAGCCACGAUUUCCGCUGCAACCAUGCCUGGCAGUAACGUUUCGUUCGCUGCAACCAAAACUCCCCUACAAACUGAUGGUCCGUCCCAAGGUGUAGGACACGCUGACAAUGGACAAGGCUGUCCUAACUGUAACAACAACAACAACAACAUCGACGACUAUUCUGAGAACACAGAAAGUUACAACCUAAGAAUCAAGAUGAUCAAAGCUAGAAUACUGGCGAAGCUGCAGAUGGAUCGAACACCGGUCCUCAAGCAAAAACCAAAGGACAGUAGGAUUGCAGCCCUUCUGUCAAAUUUAAAUCUUAUUAAAGAAGAUUAUCCAGAGAGUGAGCCGGAAGAUACCAAAGAAGACGACUACUAUGGAAAGACGACUAAAAUCAUUGUUUUUAGCGCGAAAGCUAAAGUUCCACCUUCGCGAUCAAGGCGAAAUUUCUCCAGAAAUUUGGUCUUCCAGUUCAAAUUGGAACAAAAAUCUCUCUGCAGCUUAGUGUCUUCUGUGUCUCUGUGGUUUCAUAAGCGUAAAAGCAAACAUUACGACUUGAACGGGAAGACUCUGCAGAUAGAAGCACGUGACAUGAGAUCAGACAGAGAGCAUUCCGACACACCAGUCAGUAGAGUAAUGAAGACGAAGGUGAAGGCAAAGAAGAGUGGACCAGAAUGGGUAGUGGUAGAUGUUAAAAACAUCGUUCAACUCUGGUUUAAUCAAACGAUGGAACAGCAAUCAAGCAAUGCUACUGACAAUGGUACUUACACCUUAAAUAUCUCUUGCCUGGACUGCGAAUCGGAGGCUCAUCACCUUAUUAGCUCACGCGGCCGACUUCGACCCUUCCUCGUUAUCGACUUGCAGAAGCCAAGAACACUGAGCAGGAAAAAGCGUGCGAUUGACUGUGUCGGAAGGGUUGCAGCACACUGUUGCCGUCGGAAGUUUUAUGUCAAUUUUACAAAGAUCGGCUGGGACUCAUGGAUAAUAUACCCCAAAGGUUUUGAGGCCAACUUCUGUGACGGGCAGUGCAGGGCCGGUUUUGACGGCAAUAAUGGUUACUUGUACACGCUUCAAAAAAUGUCCCAGCAAAAUCUCACAGGCUUGGGGAGAUGCUGUACGCCUUCAAAAAUGUCCGCUCUUUCUAUGCUCUACUUCGACCACGAUGAAUACGUCAUAAAAAGGGAUAUUCCCAACAUGAGGGUUGACACCUGUGACUGUCCGUACAAGUACUGAAAAACACAGGAAGAGAGAGACAGAAAUAUACGCGGAUGUGCUUAAACGAAGACUACGUACUUAAAGGCUUUCUUGUCUUAGGUAAACACGGGUCUUCGAAAGCAUGCCGUUUAUUUUUGAAAGCUAUUCUAGUAUCGUGGGGGAAUCCUUAGUAUGUUUAGAUAUCGUUCCACUAAUUAAGGAUCGAGUUUUGAAUUCCACCAAAUAGUGACAUCAACGGUGAACGAUUUUAAUAGCUUCGUAGAUGCUCCAGGGCAUUAAAAUACUUCGAAAGUGCUAACUUUGCCGCAUUUGAUAUCGGGACCACUUCGCAUCGUUGAAUGACAUAGUUGAAAAAUUGCGAAGAUCGUAAUUGUCAAGGUUUUCUUCUGGCUCGCAGAUUUAGUGUUCGCAUGCUGAUGGCAUGAAAUAAACUUGUAGAAUAGACUAUUGAAGAUGCUGAGCUGACCCCUAGCAGCGCCAGGCAGUAAUGGAUGAAGGCAUAGUAAUGUGAUAAUUUGCGAGUUCCGGUUACGCUGUGCGAUAACGCUGGUGUUGAUAGUAAUCAGCGCAUUCAUCUUCAUCACGCCUAUCUUUUAAUACCUAAAGGAAGUUGGAAAUGGUACAUUUAUUGCUCCGAGUUUAGAGUUAUCUUUACUAAUAAGGCGAAGUUAUGAUGUAAUCACCCGCCUUGUGCUCAGUGGAGAUAAUUUAGUUAGGGCUCAGGCACCAAUGGAAUAAUCCUCGUUUACUUUUCAAGCAGUAUAGAAACAGCACUUCAGUUUUCAAUUUCUCUUUGAGCCAGGGUCGUUCAUUGUUGUUGUUGUUGUUGUUUUUUUUUCGGUGGGGUUUUUGAAUCAAUCGCUACCACAUGCAUAGCAUUACGGAAUACCAAAGUGGUAUCAAUUACAUAAAGAGGUUUCUAAAACCAAUGUAACAAAGAUAACGGAACAAUUCCCACCAUGGUAAAAUGAGCCAAAGCUAUUACAAGAGCUUUUAGAAUAAACAAAACUCAAUUGGUCCCAAAAGGUACUUGUUUGGUGCUAGUAGGUAGGCGUGCACAAGUUAUGUUUCUGAAACAAUGGCUGGCAUCUUAGUGAGGACAAAGGAUAUUGCGUACACGGUCCAGCUAAAAUUAGACUUUAAUCCGCUUUUAUAGGAGGCAGCUGUAAAUGUUGUUAGUGAAGCCAAAUAAUGUUGUUAAAUUGAAAGAUUCCAGAAUAGAGCACCGAAAGUCUUUACUAUAAUUAUCUCACUCGCUGGAAGUCGUUACACAAUUAAGGGUGUGGCUUUGAGUUGCCCUGUCAAGGGAUCGAGAGUAUAUUAUGUGACACAGCCUGCUGACAAGAAUUUUUAAGAUGACGUAGUGAGGAUAUCCAGAGACAUGACGAGUGUGUAAAAGUUUUAUAGGUAAAUAAAGCACACGAUUUGUACUCUA